UGCGGUGCUACUAAGGCCCAGCGUUCUAUUGCUACGCGGAAACCUUUAUAAUCAGUGAAUGCCUGUUGCAAAGUGUAAUUAUUCAGAGUUUUAUCAACCUAGCGUCAGCUUAAGAGUAACGUGGAACUUACCCUUUUGAGUUUAAACAUGGUUGCCGAGUUCUGCAGUAAAAAACUACAGGAAUUGAUUGCCUUUGUUCAGUUCCAACCAGUCAUAAGCUUAUGUAUUUGUGUGAUGAAUGUCCUGUUUUCGUUUGUGGCAACCAUUGGAAACCUCCUUGUAAUUCGUGCCUUGUGGAAAGCUUCGUCGAUCACGGCAACAUUAAAGAAGCUGUUCCUAAGCCUCGCUUUCUGUGACCUUGCAGUUGGAGUGUUUAGCCACCCGACGUUAGCUGUCACCAUCGCAGUGCUACAGGAUAAGGCAAAGAAUGGACUCUAUGCUUUUUUCUGCCCGACUGUUAUCACAGUAGUAAUGGCUCCAACGUUUUUGCUGCUGGGAGUUUCGUUUUCCUUGAUUGCCGCUAUCGCUGUGGACAGACUUCUUGCUGUGUCUCUACAUCUAAGAUAUCAAGAACUUGUUACGGAGAAGCGAGUAACCAUCGGUUUGACGGUUAUAUGGUUUAACAAUAGUCUUCUUACAUUGGCUUUUAUGAGCCUUCCCAGCCACAAUGACUUGGUCACGGUAACUUGUCUAACUGUUGGAUUGAUUUUGGUAACGGUAGCAUAUUUUCGUAUUUACCUAGUGGUGCGCUGUCAUCAAAAUCGAAUACAUGGCCAAAAUCAGGUUCAAAAUGGUCAAGCAAUGCAAGCUGCCAGAGUAAAGAAGUCAGCUUUGAACGCUUUGUAUGUCUAUAUCGUUUCCCUCGUUUGUUUCACACCAAACUUAUUGGCUGGUAUUCUGCUGGUAGUCGACAAUUCAAGCACGCCUACUUUGGUAGCAUACAGUGCUUCUGUAUUUUUAGCUUUACUGAAUUCUUCUUUAAAUCCACUAGUCUACUGCUGGCGAUAUCGCGAGAUUCGUGAUACUGUGAAAAACACAGUAAAGAAGAUAUUUAAUAGGAAUUGA